GACCGAUUGACUGUUCAACACACCAUUCUUGGUUUAGGUUAUUUUGUUCAUAUUUUUAUUAAUUUGUUCUGUUGUAAAAUGUAAUUUGAAAUACAUAAUUUAAGAAAUCUUAUUUAUUCAUUUGUAACAAGUUAUAAAUGUAAUAUAUAUACUAUUUCAUUAUUUUAAAUAUUAUGCACAAAAAAAAAUCUUCACUCAUGAAAGCAGCCUCCAGACUGAUAGACCGGCCUCAUAGUUAAAUAAUAAUUGUACGCACCGCGACAUUCUGUAUUGACUACUGAUAAGAUAAACCCGAACUUUUAUUUAGCCAGUCAUCUCAUUGCCCACAUAUGACAUACCUACAUUAAAUACGUAAGCGUGAUUUGCAUUUAAUAUUGUUGCUGGUUGAACUCUGAUCGACAUAGCCGCAUAAUUUGGAACAUUAAAUAAUGUUGAAAGGACUGGUUGGUUUGGUGACUGGCGGGGCAUCUGGCUUAGGUAGAGCGACAACAGAACAAUUAUUGAAGCAAGGUGGAAGUGUCGUCAUUUGCGAUCUCCCGAACAGUAAAGGACAGGAGCUUGCCAAACAGCUAGGCAAGAAUGUUGCUUUUGCACCACUAGAUGUUACAUCAGAAGGAGAUGUGAAAAAUGCAUUGCAAACUACAGUUGACAAGUUUGGCCGACUGGAUGUUGUAGUUAAUUGCGCAGGUGUGGCUACGGCCACUAGGACAUAUAAUUUUAAGAAGAACCAACCCUUUGAUCUUAAAUCAUUUCAAAAGACUAUUGAGGUGAACUUAAUCGGUACAUUCAACGUUAUUCGUCUGGCAGUUGGUUUGAUUGGUAAAAAUGCACCAGAUGCAGAUGGACAGAGGGGAGUUAUUAUCAACACUGCCAGCAUCGCUGCUUUUGAUGGACAGAUUGGUCAAGCAGCUUAUUCCGCAUCCAAGGCAGGCGUUGUGGGAAUGACGCUACCCAUCGCCAGAGAUCUUUCUAAGCAAGGCAUUAGGGUUGUCACAAUCGCACCAGGUUUAUUCCGAACACCGAUGCUGGAACAACUCCCUGAAACGGCGAUUCGCGACCUGGAGGCGACGGUGCCGUUCCCCUCCCGUCUCGGACGCCCCGACGAGUUCGCGUUGCUCGUACAAAGUAUCAUACAGAAUCCUAUGCUCAACGGAGAGACCAUACGUAUUGAUGGCUCUUUGAGAAUGCAACCUUAGUAUGUGAGAAAAGAAAUGCCACCGGAGUUGAAGUGUUCAAAUAUUUAGGAGUUUUUUGCACGAGACACGGUACGACAUGAUCAAAUAAGGUGACGACUCUCAUUAGAAGUCACUUGGAGACGUGUAAUGCGACGCUUGAAAUCUUGUUAUGAGUUUUGAAUAUAUAUUAAUUUUAUCGCGGUAUGAAAAUCAGGUAGUCUGCAAUUAAACAACUAGUAUCCAAGGAGGAUACCAAUACUAAGUUAGACUCUUCUUGUUUAUUAUGCUUUUUUCAUCGGAUGUCUGAAGGCAUCGAACUCUUCAGGCCAUAGUUUAAAGAUUAGUAGGCAUUCUUGUUCGAGAUCGCAAUUCUCUUUGGCAACUUUAGAUCUCGACAGCUCCGUAUCCAUCUUUCGAACGUCAUUCGUUUCGGUACGUCUUAUUGUUAAAGUGUUUUAUGGCUUCUAUUGUUUAUCUCUUUUCAAUCUUAUCAAUGGGCCGUUUACCGUGACUCGUGCAAAAAAACUCUAUUGUAUAUAAAUAUAUCAAUUUAUAAAUAAAUUUUAUCCAAUAUAUUA